AUGGCGACCGCGAGGGCGAUCGCGCGUGGGUGCGCGCGCGCGCGCAGGGACGACGGACGGGGGUGGAGCUCGACGUCGGAGAAGCGCGUGACGUUCGUGCGACACGCGGAAGGAUUUCAUAAUCUGCGGGACGCGGUGACGUUCGACGUGACGUACAACAGCGCGAUUAACUUCGACGCGAGGUUGACGCCACGGGGUGAGAAGCAGUGCGCGGACGUGGCGGCGAGUGGGGCGUGUGGGGGGGCGGAGUUGGUGGUGACGAGUCCGAUGACGCGAUGCGCGCAGACGUCGCUUUUGUGCUUUCCGUACUUGGUGGCGCGGGAAGACGUGCCGUUCGUCGCGAACGAGGACGUGCGGGAGACUGUGAAUUAUUGGUGCGAUCGUAGGCGGGCGACGGAGGAGUUGGAGCGGGAGUUUGGGUCGAGGAUUGAUUUCAGUCGGUGUCCGGCGACGGAUGAGCUGUGGGAAAAAUACGAGCGCUUGGCGGGGCCGCCCGAUCAAUGGACCAAGCACAGGGAAUCGUGCGACCUGUAUUCCGUAGCGAAUCGCCUACGCGCGUUUCUUACGUGGUUGGCGGCGAGACCGGAGCGGGAUGUGGUGGUUUGUUCGCACAGCGCGACGCUACGAUGCUUGUUCUCUUACGGGCAUCCGGGAGGCGUUCGCGGAGCGCCGGAACAGAUUUUCGACACGGGUGGCGUCCCAGACACGGCGCAGGGUAUGCCGGUGAUCGUAUACGACGACGACGUCGAGUUUGAGCGCUCGAUGCGAGCAGAUUUCGAGAACGCGGAGUACCGAACGUGCGUCGUCGAUUUUUCAUAUUUGUCCCCUCGCGAGGCGUGA